AUGUCUGCAUCGCCUACCUCUACCACCGCAAUGUCUUCGGCAAAACGACCUUUGGAAGACCCCUCGUCACCCUCCGCUCCCACUGACCUGCCAGAUGCCAAACGUCCUGCGCUAGAUAAGCUUGGUAAAGACGACGACACCGCGGUUCAAGAUGCCGCGACAACAGAGCCGCCCGCGGUGGACGGUACAAAGACCAGUGAAGAGCACGGAUUGCCUGCACCUGUGACAAACGGGGGCACAGAAGCACAUACUGAAGGCGCUACAACUGAAGAAGCCACUGGCACUGCACCGGUCGCCAUCCCAGACCCUCACCCAGCGCCAGCCACUGGCGCCGUACCCCAAACCGAUCGAUUGCCUUCUCAGGGUCAUUCUGCGCCCACUCAGGAUGAGACAAACUGGAUCCAUAUCCGUGCAGUCAUCUCCAGUGCUGAGGCUGCAACAUGCAUUGGCAAAGGCGGUGAAAAUGUCACUCAGAUUCGGAAGCUUUCUGGCGCCAAAUGCACUGUUAGUGACUACUCUCGUGGUGCCGUGGAACGAAUUUUGACCGUGAGCGGAUCCCAAGAAGCUGUCUCCAAGGCCUUCGGUCUCAUCAUUCGUACUCUCAACAACGAACCGCUCGACGCCCCUUCUACUGCCCAGUCCAAGACUUAUCCUUUACGCCUGCUCAUCCCACAUAUCUUGAUCGGUUCCAUCAUUGGCAAGUCAGGUGUGCGCAUUCGAGAGAUACAGGAAGCUUCGGGGGCUCGGCUCAAUGCGUCGGAUUCAUGCUUGCCUCUGUCGACUGAGCGAUCCUUGGUUGUUCUGGGAGUUGCUGAUGCAGUCCACAUUGCCACGUAUUAUGUUGCUGUAACGCUGGUUGAGCAACUGACGGAGCGAUUCGGUGGUCCUGCUGCAUCUGCUUACGCCACCAGGAGCGGAGGUCCUGCAGGAGUGAUUCCUGGCGGUAUGCAAGUUGUGCCCUACGUCCCUCAACCGGCCGGAGGACAGUAUGGUCAUCCAGAUACCUACAAGAGGCACAACACCCUUCCUCCUCAACGCGCUCCUGCGCAGCCUUAUGGUGCCCCUCAGGUUCACGGAGCUGCCCCACAACCGUACGCUCCGUAUCCUCAACCUUACGCCGCCACUCCCCGUACGCCAAGUUACGGUGCCGCCGUGCCUCAACCUGCCGGGCCAUACGGCCAAGUGCCGCCUCAGCCUGUUGUUCCCCAUGGUCAACCUGCCCAACCCGCUCAUGGCAUGCCUGGACAGCCUAUCACUCAACAGAUCUUCAUCCCUAAUGAUAUGGUCGGCGCCAUUAUCGGUAAGGGUGGAGCGAAGAUCAACGAGAUCCGUCACCUCAGUGGCAGUGUCAUCAAAAUCAACGAACCGCAGGACAACAGCAACGAGCGAUUGGUCACGAUUACCGGAACUCAAGAAUGCAACCAGAUGGCGUUGUACAUGUUGUAUUCGCGACUGGAGAGUGAAAAGCAUCGGAUCUAG